GCGGGGAGUGAGGGCGUUGCGGGCGCGGGGGGCACCUCGGGAGCCAGGAGAUCUCGGCUCUGGCUCCUCCCCGCCGCUGUCCACCUGGGCCCGGCCGCCGCCCCCGCCCCGGGGGCCCAGCCCUCAGCCCCGAGGCUGCUCCCCCUUCGCCCCACCCUCCCCCAGCCCCUCCCUGGCCGCCGCUGCCUCCUCCUCCCCCUCCUUCUUAUCCUCCUCCUCCUCCUCCUCUUGCCAGCCUCAGACGCCCGGACUGCGGGAACCAUGGAAGUCUCUGUAGAGACCACCUUCCAACAGGAAAGGCUUCAGGCCAUUGCGGAGAAGAGAAAGAGGCAAACGGAGAUCGAGAAUAAGCGGCGGCAGUUGGAAGAUGACCGGAGGCAGGUGCAGCAUUUAAAGUCCAAGGCCCUUCGGGAGCGAUGGCUGCUGGAGGGGGCCCCCUCCACCGAUUCCCAGGAGGAUGAAGUGAUGAAGAAGCAAAUGCAGGAGGACGAGCAGAAGGUCAAACAGCUGGAGGAUUCUAUCCUGAGGUUGGAGACUGAGCUAGAGAUUCUGGAGACGGAGGACUCUGUCCCAGCUACCAGGGAGAAUGUGGUGGUCCCGGCCCAGGUCCCAGCCCCAAGCCCUGUGAAGGAGGAGAGAAAGGAAGAGAAGAUCCUUAAUUCCCAGAAGACCCCAGUGGCCUCACCCAGAGAGAAGAAAGUCACCAGCAGCCCCAUGAAGGUGGUGGAAGGCACUGAGAUGAUGAAGGCAGCCAUGUACUCUGUGGAGAUAACCGUGGAGAAGGAUAGGGUGACUGGGGAGACGAAGGUUCUGUCCAGCACCACCCUGCCCCCUCAGGAGCCCUUUCUGCAGGGGGUGAAGGUGUAUGAGGACGAGAUGAAAGUGGUUCACGCAGUGGACGGCACCACGGAGAAUGGCGUCCACCAGUUGAGCUCCUCAGAGGUGGACGAGCUGAUCCAUAAAGCAGAUGAGGUGACGCUGAGCGAGGUGACGGUGACAGCAGCUUCCGAAGCCCGGGGGACGCCCGAGGUGGCCAGGUCCACCCCCCGGCGGGAGAUCACCGGAGUACAGGCACAGCCGGGGGAGGCCUCGGGCACCGAGGCCAGCCAGGAGCAGCCAGUCACCAUGAUCUUCAUGGGCUACCAGAAUGUGGAGGACGAGGCCGAGACCAAGAAAGUCCUGGGCUUACAGGAUACCAUCAAGGCUGAGCUGGUGGUGAUCGAGGACCCGGCCCCGCCCAACGGGAGCGCCCAGGAGCCAUCGGCCGCUGCGGUCACCGCUGCCCCAGACGGCAAGGAAGAGAACCAGGUUGGGGAGAAGCCAGAUCUCCAGAGCCCUCCAGUAGACGUCACAGCCAGCGCAGACAAAGACCUGGAUAUGAAGAAACAUCGUUGUCGAUGCUGUUCUGUAAUGUGAGGCCCCCAGGACCCGUUGUCCCCUGGCCCUGACACCGCCUUCGAGCCACUCUGUGCCGUGCCCAUGCUGGCCAUACUGCCAAGGCCCAGCGUCUUCACACACACACACACACACACACACGCCAGAUUUUAUUGACAUGAAAAUCCCUUUAUGAAACAGAAAAUCAGACCUUAUACCUGUUUCUCUUGCAACCCUUAACGUACUCCUAACAACACCCACACACCCAUACUCAGAAAUAAACACACUUGCACCCAUGUGCAUACACAGAGACACAUCCAGAUCGAUGAUGCCCAGUCACCCAGACACAACUCAGAAUGAUGAUGCACACUGUUCCAGAAACACACAUGAUAUUUGGUGACACUGAGAAAUAUUGUAUGCAGGGACCCAGGACCAGAUUACACAGACCUACAACACACACACACACACAGGGAAGCACUCCAGAUACACAGUCAGACAAGUGCAUCCAUACGGACACACGGACAUUCAGAUAGACAGAGAUAUCAAUCCAAGCGACACAUACCCAACCUAGCCGCCGUCCCCUAAACUCAUUUGCAAACACACAGAUGUACUCUUCCCUCCCUCCCCCCCUUCUUAAACAAGAACGAGGACUGUGCGGUUUGUAAAGGGUUCACAACCCUGCCUUGCUGAUGGAGCAGCAGCGGCGGCCCUCCCGAGUCCCUGCCUCCAGCCUGUGCCCGCUUCCCACGCCAGCGGGGGGGUGGGGUGGGGAAUGUGAGCCUGCAGAAGGAGUCAACGACAAAGUCUCCUUUUCUGUCCUGAAGUGUGGUCCAGUCGAGUGAGCGCUGGAUUCAGAGGCAGAGGGCCUGGGUUCACAGCCCAGCUCUGCUACUUAUUCUCUGUGACCUUGGGCAGGUCACUUCUCUUGGCCUCAGUUUCCUCAUCUGUAAAAUGAGGGUGUUGGAUAAGAUGGCCUUGAAGGUCCCUUCCGGCUCUAGAUCUUUGGUCCUGUCCUUUGAAGAGGAUGGAUGGGUUGAGUUUCUGGCCCUGUUCUCCCACCUGUCUUUGGGAGGUGAGGGAUGUCAUUGAAGUAUUGAACUGGAUCCAAGUGGUGGUCCCUGUCCUCCUGGGGAUGAGUAAACCCUGUUGGGAUUUUGUACCUCCCUGGCUCUGUGCCUGUGAAUGGAUUAAGAACUUCCCAGUGUGGGUGUUUUCUCCCAGGGUCCCCCAGCUCUCCCUAGGAGCUAGUUGUUUUUGGCCCUGCUUAUUUGUGAUGACUCAGGGAGGGCUGUGGGAAAGCAGAACUUUCCUCCUUUCUGGCGCUUGUGAACCUCUAACCCUCUGAGAAGAGGGAGGUUGGGAUGGAGAACCAGAAUUGGAUAUAUGAGACUGUGUGGAUGAGGCCUCAGCUCCAGGGUGGGGGUGGAGGGGAAGACAGUUCUUCCCUGGACACACUCCUGGCAUGGAUGAUGGGCUUUGGUUCAGUGAAAACUGGGGCUCCUUUCCUUGCCCUCAGCAGAAGGACUCCCAAAGCCCUUGCUGUCUUGAGUUUUGCUUGGUGAACUUUUGCUCUAGAAUGUAGGGACAUUGUUGGAGAUGCUGCUCUGAACUCUGAGGCCUUCGUCAGGUACAGAGGCCAGGUCUAGAACCUGCUGGUGAGUCUAGACCUCCAUGUUCCAUUUCCCAAAGUGGGGACAAGACCUAAGCCUCCCAGGGCUAGGCUAUUGAGAUGGUCAGUCUGGACCAAACUUGCCCUCAAAUGCUAGCUUCCCCCUGGGACCAGAUUAGGGUGAGCCAGAUGCAGUCGGGACAUGGGGUGGCAAGGGGCAAGGCCCUCUUCCCACCUGUGGGCAGCAGGUGCCCCUACAGAAUCACAGCAGUGGCCCUUGGAGACCUUGGAACCCCUUGCUUUACAGAGGGGAAUGCAGUUGCAGAAAGGUCGGGUGACUUCCCCACCAGAGGCACUCAACCUCGCCCAAGGUAGACCCAAGGCCGUCUGUUGCUGUGGGUAACCCUAGCAUGCUUCCUCCUAGCUGAUCGUGCUCUCUCCCCACCUUGAUCCCCUGGGCCUUCUCCAUCUGGUGCUUCUCUCUUUGGCUGAGCCAGGCCCAGGGUAGGAGGGGACUUGAUUUGGAGCUGCCAAGAGACUCCUCUUUCCCUCUCCUAUGCCAACUUCUCCUGUCUGCUUUGCUGGCCAGUUUGGGCUUGGUGGGGAAGAAAAGGAUACACCCUUGCCUCUAGCCCAGGAUGGUCUAGAAAGACCCAAAGUCUUGGAGCUGGGUCCGGGGCCCAGGCCCAGCUGUGGGAGCUGGGCUCUUUGUGAGCCCCUCCCCCUGGAGUAGCCUGGCCCACUUUCAUGUCCUUGCUGAAGUGAGGCCGGCUCUCCCUGGCUUGCUUCUGGAUCAGGGUUUGGUUUAUGAAGGCCAGUCUAGGCUGGCCUGUGGUCAUUCUUUUAGUGGACCAAGGAGUUUGGGGACAAAGACUCCCUCCCUGCCCUUGUGAUUGCUCAAGUUAAUCACUACCAGGAAGAGCACUUCUUUCACACCCAUGACCCCAUGGUCAAGUAGUUCCCAUUUUGUGAAUUCUAAAAGCUACAGGCCUACUGAGCUAGAUGUCAGUGCCCAGGAAAAUUUUAUUCUAGGGAAUUGGAAGUAUUUAGAAAUGGAAGUAAAUGGUGAUCACCAGGAGCCAGCAUGAGUCCACUAAGAUGAAGUCCUGCCAGCCUCUCCUUUCCUUUUUUGACAGGGUUAUUGGGUCAUGGAAGGUUAGAGGCCAUCCUUAACCACCCUGCUUUUGGCAGUCCUAACUGGUGUCCCAUGUGGUAUGAAUAGGGGUAACAUAAGGAUUUCAAUGCUAGUGAUAUUUUUCCCUCCAAAAUAUUAAAUAUGAAAUUAUGUAUGUACCCAGGAUACUUGUGUGGCAGUUUUUCAGUAUGAAAAUAGAUAUGAUUUCCUCUUAUUUUGAUCUAACAUUUCCCUGACUGCUGCCACCCCUCCCCCUAAUUCUGGAUAUAUAUGCUAGAAAUAUCCCCACCCCCAACUGCUUGGAGCCAUUUCUUUAACCCAGAGUUGUCUGUGGGAAUGAUUUUGGGUGCCCUCUUCACACACAUACAACGUAUACACAUACAUGCACGUGUGCACACUCAUGUCCCCAAAUCUAUGUUGGCUUUGAAUUCCCAAGACCUCUCCCUGCCCCCAGCUCAGUGCCAUGAGCCAGAGACCCUGUGGGCCAUGUCUUGAAACAGACCCCUGGGGCCCAGUGGGGGUGGGCUCCCUCCAGGCAGGUCCCUGCCCUUGCCCCUGAUAUGGGAGGGGUACAGCAUCCCCACAAUGCCUUUCCACUACUCCAUCUCAGCCCACAGACCAGAGCAGGGAGGAAAGGUGUGGGCACCUUCACACCUCCCUCCUUUGCCUAUUCUGUCAUUCCAGCUGAUUCUCCCCCUCCCCAGGUCUGCCCCAACUCUGUGCCUCCCGUAAGUGUCCUUCCUUCUCUCUGCCCUCUUUCAGUGAAAAGGCCCUUAUGAAUUCUGCUCACUGUUUGUAAAGACAAAACCACCCCACAAAACUCUCCUUCCUCCCCCUUUGGAGAUGCAAAUAAACAGUGUGAACAGCUUGCCCCUA